GUAGAUCUAGAAAUCCAACAGAUGAAAGAGUAUCUAAUGCAGGGUAUGUUAAGUAGUCUACAGCUCCCUCCUUACGAGAUUGACAUAAGGGUAUGGACACCCCUCCGCCUGUCCGCCAUUCGCUGCUCGUAGCGAUAGCGCACGACAUCCAGGCGGUGGUAGAGAAGCCGGAGUUCUUGGACUUUAACCAGAACAACACCUACGCCCAUGUGGAAAAGUUGUGGCCCCUCAUAGAUCCUCUUACUCAUGACCCCUUGAACCAAUAUCGGGUCGCCUGGUUGGAUCUUCAAGACAUUGUAACCAAGGCACAGGCGCUCGCGAUUGAACUAUAUACGCUGCCCUUCGAAUAUAGCUUCAGCUUUCCUGCGGUGAACGAAAUAUUUGAGCCGGCCACAAUGGUCAAGUGCGAUCAGUUCAUUGGUGGGCGCCCUCAGGUACUGAAGAAGGACAAUACCCUUGUUCGUCUGGCCGUUACCCCUACCAUAAGGAUCAGUAAUAAUUCCACGACUCCUGCUGACGUCAGGUUGGUAGGCUUUGCGAAAGUGCUGUUGCGUCUUCGGGGAAGACGCUAUACCCAGCUUGUCAGUCAAAUGAGUAUGUUGAAGUGAGUGUCGGCUCGGGUCGGAACGCGUUCUAGUCUCUAUGCCAUCACCCUUUUCCUUUCUUUCUUUCCCCCUUUCAUUCUAUCUUCGUCCUUGAGAAAGGGUGGAACCGAAGAAAAUAGAGGCUUAAAGACUUGAAUGUGAAUUAUUUAUUCAAAGGGAAAGAAAGUAAGUUGUUGGUUAAGAACAAUGCUUUAGGAUUAUGCAGUUUGGUUUUUGAAAGGCUUGGAGACGUGUGGUGAUGUCAAUAGUGCACCUCAGGAUUGAAGGAUU